UUUCAGAUGGGUAAACCAAACAUCACACAGAAUAAGAGAUGAGCAGGGAAACGAGAGGAAGAAAACCAGAAGAGUCUUUUUCAAGCGUAGAUCAAAACCGGCAGAAAGACAACUUGUUAAGGUGUUUUAAACCCCUGCUCCGUUCUUUGGACCUGGGGACCAAGGCUUCACCUGAUGAUUGAUAGCACCAGGAAAUUGUGUCAUAUAUUACCAGUCUGUCAGACAGUGGACACCAUUUGCAACAACCACUGACCUAUGGCAGUAUAUAAAUAAAACAAACAGAUUGGUUUAAAAGGAAACAUCUAAAAUUUAUCUUUUGAUAAAGUUAACAUACUACUACUGUCACAUUCUGUAUGUGGGUCAGGUGUAUGGCUGUCAUGGUGGACAGUUAUGUCUGAGCCUGAAGCCUGAAAAGCUUCAUAAAUUCUUUAUAGAAUGUUAGCAUUUGGCUAGCCACAUAUGGUGACGGAUCAGGUCAUUAUCCCUUUCCAUCACCAUCUCUGGCCCCUGCAAGGGGCUUUAAACUAGUAUAAAGUCUUGUCCCUUACCCUCCCAUCUUUUUUUAUUUUGCUUUCAUUGAAUCAUCUUUCUAUCCAUUAAACAAUCACAGUAUUGCUCACCUUUCUCUCUUUUUAUAGUACUAAGCACUAGCCUUACUAAACUGUGGUUCAAUAUGAGAUUAUUUUGAAUUUUCAAUUCAUCUCGUAUUCUAGUGAGAGUAGCCAGUAGCUACCCAGUUGCCACAGUUUAAAAUCUGUCCUCUAACAUCAGUCUCCAACCCCAGUUUCAUUAACAAGAGGCCAGAGUAGACCCCCCCUGAAAGUCUUGCUGCUAAGCAGUUGUUUUGGUAGUUUUUUUGGUUGAAUGGAAUCGGCUUAACCGUGGAGAGGCCAGGCUACCACAAACUGAUGGACUUUGACAAGCGAGGAGUAGGAGGAGGGGGUGGUGGAGGUAAGGGAGAGACAGAAGAGGGAAAGAGGAUGUCUUCGAAGGCAGGGAGUCGAUCAGGGCAUGGUGGUCGGGGUGCUGGCUCUAACUCCGGGGUUCUUAUGGUUGGACCAAACUUCCGGGUUGGGAAGAAGAUCGGCUGUGGAAACUUUGGAGAGCUACGACUUGGAAAGAACCUGUACACCAAUGAAUAUGUUGCAAUCAAACUGGAGCCUAUCAAGUCACGGGCACCACAACUUCACUUAGAGUAUCGAUUCUACAAACAGCUGGGAUGUUCAGAGGGUGUACCCCAGGUGUUUUACUUCGGACCAUGUGGUAAAUACAAUGCUAUGGUUCUGGAACUACUCGGACCCAGCUUAGAAGAUCUUUUUGACCUCUGUGACCGGACCUUCUCUCUAAAGACUGUACUCAUGAUAGCCAUACAACUGAUAACCCGUAUGGAGUUUGUUCACACCAGAAGCCUGAUUUAUCGAGACGUGAAGCCUGAGAACUUUUUGGUGGGACGUCCUGGCUCCAAAAGGCAGCACACCAUCCACAUCAUAGACUUUGGCCUGGCAAAAGAAUACAUCGACCCAGAGACCAAGAAACACAUCCCAUACAGAGAACACAAGAGUCUGACUGGAACUGCUAGAUAUAUGAGCAUCAAUACACACCUGGGGAAAGAACAAAGCAGGCGGGAUGACCUGGAAGCUCUUGGCCAUAUGUUUAUGUACUUCCUGCGAGGCAGCCUGCCCUGGCAGGGACUCAAGGCGGACACUCUGAAAGAGCGUUAUCAGAAGAUCGGUGACACAAAGAGAGACACACCAAUAGAGGUCCUCUGUGAAAAUUUUCCAGAAGAGAUGGCCACUUACCUGCGAUAUGUGCGUCGCCUUGACUUCUUUGAGAAGCCGGACUACGAUUAUCUGAGGAAACUGUUUACAGACCUCUUUGACAGAAAUGGAUACAUCUUUGACUACCAGUAUGACUGGACUGGAAAGCCUCUGCCCACUCCUAUUGGUCCAGUAUCCAGUGAGACUCCUCUUCAAACGAGUAACCGAGAUAAAGCGCUGCAGACCAAAAACCAGUCUCCCGAGGGGAAAGGCAGCCAGCCCACUCCAGUGACCAAUCGAGAGCUGCUGGGCUCCCAUCUUGCUGCUGAUAGGCUGGGCGGGUCUGUCCAGGUGAUGAGUUCAACGAAUGGGGAGCUGAAUACAGAUGACCCCACAGCAGGACACUCCAAUGCACCAAUCACAGCAAAUGCAGAGGUUGAAGUGGCUGAUGAUACAAAGUGCUGCUGUUUCUUUAAGAGGAGGAAGAGGAAAGCUAUCCAGAGACACAAAUGAAGAGGAUACACUACCUUGUCUCCUUUUUUCCCCUAUCUCAAUUUACUUUUCUCUCUGUCGUUAGUCCUCUUGCUAUAGCUCUCUUUAACUUCCCUCCUUAGUCCUCAGAACUGCCCCCUCUACUGUGGGAGGUCCCGUCCUGGGUCGGCUGGGCUGGCUCGACUAUGGAAGCAGACUAUGAUUGCUAAAGCCGACAGACUGAUCUCUUCUGCUCUGGACUGACUAGACAAACAUGAGUAACAUAUGUUUGCUGUUCAGUCUCAGAGCUGUAAGUUUGGACUAACAGUGGUGUCUCAUUGUAAUUAUCGCCUCCAAUGGAACUGGAACUGGAUCAAAACAAACUGCUGUGGGAAACAAGUGAACACAAAAACUAUUCAAAGUCUUUGAAAAGCAAGCUAAUCGUCUGAAAACUGGAUUCACAUGGUUUGCUUGCAGCCUGCCUCGUUCUCUUUAUUUUUGGGGGAUUUUUAUUUUGUAUGUUUUUUUUUUUCUUCCUUGCUGACUGGUUCAGAAGUGAGAGAAGUGGUUUUCUGGGAGAUACGGAGCAAAAAAAGGAUAUGGAUAGACGAUGAGACUGCCAGACUACACCUGCUCACAAAACAUAUACAUAUGUACAAACACACUUUCCUCAUAAAAGACUUUGAUAGAAAACUGAAUGCAGCUCUCUUACAUGGUCUUUAAAGUUUAUAUUUGCUUGGUCAAAGGAAGUACAGGGUAAGAUGCUUUGUCAAGUUCCUGCAACAGACCAGGCUUUGUGUACUUCUCAGGCACCCUCAGAUGAAAUCUCACACCCACAAGAAUAAUAAAUUUAUAAAGAUGUUUAUGAGAAAGCUUUUUCCUCUUUUAAUUUGUAACUAAAAACGAUUGUCCACGGUUUGGAACCUGUUUCUUUGUGUUUUUGAGUUGUUCCAAAAGUUUGUGUUUUCUAGCUUCAAUUUGUGUUCAUUGAUGUUUUUUAAUAACUUGUAUUUUAAAUUUUCAGAUUAUUUUUCCUCUUUUUUUUUCUCUGACUUUGAGUCAGAUAACUCCAUUUAAAAAAAAAAAGAACCAAAUGAAAUAAAAUCUGAUCAUCAUUUAUAGGAAUCAUGAAUAAUA